UCCUCUUCAUUUAUCGUCCUGCACAACGUUAUGAGUCCUGCUGCGAAACAACUGGAAAACAUAUCAAAAUCAGUCUGAAACCGGAGGGGGUCAUCGGUAUGCUGAGGAUGGGCCGUCAGAAGAUGAACAGACAAUAUGUCUGCGUUUCACUCACGCGUGCAAGCCGCGCGCGAGGGUGAGGAUCAAGCUGCGCCAAGCGUGGUCCAGCACCUCUAAACUCUAAACCUGACAGGGAUACACAUUGAAUCGAGUAGCAGUGGCAGUGUACAACAUAGUGCUAGUAGCACUAGCGAUCAUGUGGUCCUUCGCCGUAUGAUUGAUUAUCGAACCAUGACAGAGUCACAAAGUCGUGUCGACCUUGCGGGGCAGGUAUAGACGCCAGCCACAAUUUCGAAGGCCUUGGGAUCUUCUUGUGCAAAGUACGACAAGUACGAGCGCCAAACGAAUCCCGAAGACAAAGGCAGUGACGACGCCAACACAUAACACAACAAGGAGGAAGCAGCAAGGCACGCGCCCGUAAUUAGCCGCACGCGAGACGACAACCCCAUUCUCAGACACUGACGGUGCACCCCAAACUCCGCGUCGCUCGGCCCGAGAUCACGCCUUCGCCCCCUCGUCCGCCUUGGCGCAGUAGAGGUAGGCCGCGAGCGCCAGACCCUGGGCCACCACCACGUUCAGGAAGGGCUGCAUGCCCAGCCCGGACCCGUACGCCGCGAGGCCUGCGGCCACCAGCCACGCCUCGUAGAGGGCGAAGAAGGCCAGGCACGCGUCCCCGACGGCUCCCGGCGCCAGACGGGUGCCCAGCACAGCGACAGCACCCGCGCCGCACCACACCAGCUCGGCGACCUGCGCGGCCGCCGGAAGCUCCGCAAAGGGGGGCGCGCCGACCAUGGAUCGGGAGCGUGUUCGCCCCGAAGAUGUCCACGAGGUGGAGCACGCUGGCCACGCCGUAGCAGUUCCCCAGCAGCAGGCGAAAGUCCCCCAGCGUCAUGCGCUCCUCCGCUGCGCGGACCACGCCGCCGAGGCCCCGCCGAAGCCCCGCCCGGGCCUUCCCCGUGCGCGCCCGGCGGGCCGCGGGCCACGCCGCCACGCCCAGGCACCCCGCGGCGAGCAACGCCGGGCGGGGCGGGCCGGCGUGCACGCUGGCACGGCGUCGGGCGCCCGCGCCGGAGAGCCGUGGCCUCGAGGACCGGCGUGGCCCGGCGGCGGCCACGGGGGGCGCCACCACGAAGCCGCCCGCCUCGCAGCCGCAGAGCACGGACCACAGCCAGGCUGCAGCGGCGGCCCACAGCGCCGCGGCGCGACACGACGCCAUGGAUGCCCACGGCCCAGCCAGCACGGCCUGGGCACAAGGAGCUUGAGCAGAGGCCGAC